AUUACGUCACAUCCUGUAGCUGCCUGUAAAAGCGGGCCCGGAGGAUCCCGCAGUUUCAGCAGCGGGUCAGUUCGGUGAAUCCUGCGUGAAUCGACGCCAUCAGAACCGCAGCCAUGACGGUGGGAAAGAGCAGUAAGAUGCUGCAGCACAUCGACUUCAGGAUGAGAUGCAUCCUGCAGGACGGACGCAUCUUCAUCGGAACCUUCAAAGCCUUCGACAAACACAUGAACCUGAUCCUGUGCGACUGCGACGAGUUCAGGAAGAUCAAGCCCAAGAACUCGAAGCAGCCUGAGCGGGAGGAGAAGAGGGUUCUGGGACUGGUUCUGCUGAGGGGAGAGAACCUGGUUUCCAUGACGGUGGAGGGCCCGCCCCCGAAAGACACUGGUAUAGCCAGAGUCCCGUUGGCCGGUGUGGCGGGGGGGCCGGGCGUGGGCCGGGCCGCUGGUCGGGGGGUUCCUGCAGGAGCGCCGAUGCCUCAGGCUCCGGCCGGACUCGCCGGGCCCGUCAGAGGAGUGGGCGGGCCUUCCCAGCAGGUGAUGACACCGCAGGGCCGAGGGACGGUUGCCGCGGCAGCCGCUGGUGCGAGCAUCGCCGGCGCCCCCACACAGUACCCACCUGGACGAGGAGCCCCGCCCCCAAUGGGCCGGGGAGCUCCGCCUCCAGGUAUGAUGGGCCCGCCCCCUGGCAUGCGCCCCCCGAUGGGACCUCCCAUGGGGAUGCCUCCAGGUCGAGGAGCUCCGAUGGGGAUGCCCCCCCCGGGCAUGAGGCCCCCACCCCCCGGCAUGAGAGGACCACCCCCUCCUGGAAUGAGACCGCCACCCCGUCCCUGAAGAGGCUCCGCCCCCUCACUCACCUAUUGUAUAGACUUUUUUUUAAAUCUUGUUUGUUUUUUUUAAAUAAAGUUUCCUCAGGAUGUUUGAUUUAA